AUGUCAUCGUCGCCUCUUGUCACAGCGAAAACGCAAAUAUCGCAUGGCGGUUCAUUAGCUCUUCCAAUUGGUUUAAUACGACUCUAUCCAAAAUUAAGUCAAAAAAAUGUUUCAAAGCCACUGUGUCAAUUUGGCGAAAAAAUUGCUGGUAAAUGGAUCAUAAGUGGUUUAAUUGGUAAAGGAGGAUAUGGACAAAUCUAUUUCGCGUACGAUGCACUCUCACCAAAAUCGCUCGGUGUAGCCGUAAAAACAGAACCGAAAAAACGCAAAGGACGAACCGCAAAGAGAAUGAUUCUAGAACAAAAGGUUCAUCAAGAAUUUUCGGCACUCCAGAUACUGUUACGUCUACAAGGUCGAUCGCAUGCACCAUUAAUGUGGGCCUCAGGAAGCACAUCUGAAGUAAAUUAUAUUGUGAUGCAACUUUUAUCGAUUAAUGUAAAUGACAUCCGAAAGCAAAGUCCGUUCAAGCGUUUCUCAAGACCAACAAUGGGCAGAAUUGUUAUUCAGGCUAUCGCUGCCUUGAGAGAUAUUCACCAAAUUGGAUAUAUUCACAGAGAUAUAAAACCACAUAAUAUGUGUUUCGGUUUAUCUGAAGCGAGUAAGCACCGUCUAAUACUUGUUGAUUACGGCCUGGCAAGGCGCUUUCGACAUUCGAACGGACGUUUACGGCCGCUGCGUGAACAAUGUGGGUUUCGUGGCACAACUCUAUAUGCAUCAGUAAGAUGUCAUGAUGGCAAAGAUGUUGGUCCAUCGGAUGACUUGAUAAGUUUGUUCUAUUCGGCAAUUGAGAUGAUCCGAGGCGUGUUACCCUGGAGGGAGUUGCAGCAGCCUGAUGACGUUAAAUUGUGCAAAAUAGCAUUGCAAUGUGAUGACUUUCAUGCAGUUUCGAAAAAAGUUGGUGAAGGAUUUCGAGAACUCGGUCGUGCUGUUACAUCGAUGGAUGCAGAAGAUGAACCUAACUACGCAGCUUUACAAGAAAUUAUGAUGGAGUUUGUUGAUCAUCGUAAGUUGAGCGAUCCAUACGAUUGGGAUAACAACUUUCAAGAAGUUUACAGAGAGCGAGAUCUAAAUCGUAGUUUGAAUUGUCAACCAAAUUACCACGUUGUGAUGGUAUAA